AUGGCGCGGGUAAAAGAACUUGCAGAUGACUUUGAUGAGCGAGUCAAUCCCAAUGAUGCGCUCAAAAAUCCACCUUCAAUCGAGGAGUUGUACGAUCAGCACAUCUCGGCUUCCGAUCCUCCACAAAGCCAGAUGUCUUCCAAAAGCUUCGAGGAGAUCGUGCAGGACAUGAGCAAAACCCCACUCUUCAUGAACAGUCUUGACGAAGCGACUAACGACGACGGCGAGAACAUAAUGCUCGAGGCCAUCAAAGCCCUGCAGCACGAGGGCACAAAGGCGGAGGUGGCACGGGGAUUCAAAGACCGCGGGAACGAAAUGGUCGCAGAGAAGAAAUGGAAGGAUGCCAAAGAGUUUUACACGAAAGGGAUCGCAGUCCUAGCAAACAAGGAUGAGGGACAAUGGGACAAGGCCGAGGAUCAAGCCGCGGAGGAGAAGCUCCGGAACCUGAUUAACGAACAAUUAUACGUCAACCGAGCUCUCUGCAAUCUAGAGCUGAAAAACUAUCGAUCGACCACACUAGACAGUGCAGCUACCCUUCGAAUCAACCCCUCAAACAUCAAAGCGCAUUACAGGUCGGCCUCCGCCUUGCUCGCCCUCGAUAAAGUUCUCGAAGCGCUGGAUGUCGCAUCCCGGGGGUUCAAACUCGAUCCGAAUAACCUAGUUCUGAAGAGAUUGCUGGAACAGAUCAGAGGCAGAAUGAAAGUAAAAGAGGCACAAGACCGCCGGCGCUUGGCAGAGUUGAGAAGGAAACAACAGGAGAAGAACGCGUUAGAGGCGGCCUUGAAGGCAAGAAAGAUCAUCGUCCGUGGUUCUAAACAGCCUCCCAACUUGGAAGACGCGACGAUUCGGUUGUCGCCAGACCCUCUAUCGCCCACCAGUCUGCUUGAAUUCCCGGUGAUGUUGCUCUAUCCGAUGCACAACCAGACAGACCUGAUCAAAGCAUGGGCUGAGAAAGAUGCCAUCACUCAUCAUCUGAGCUACAUUCUGCCCUUGCCGUGGGACAGUAAGAGCGAAUACAAGCUGUCGACAGUAGAGUGUUAUAUGGACACCAUUAAUGGCGGGCUGAUGAAGGUUGGGAAGAAGCUGACUCUACUGGAAGCGCUCUCCAACGGGAAGACAGAAGUGGUGGAUGGGCUGGUCAGGAUUUACGUAGUGCCUAUGUCAUUGGCACCUCAAUGGAUAGAAGAGAUGAAGAAAAAAAGGGGCAAAUAG